AAGAAAAGAAAAAAAAAAAAAAGAAGAAAGAAAGAAACGAACCCUCACUUCCCCGCCGCAUAAAUUUCAUUCGUUUAUUUUUUACCUUUUACUUUUAAACGCUUUUUCUUUCUACUCUAAUGGAGGGUUUCACCGGCGACGGUGAAAUUCCGAGUCCGGAGGAGCCUUUCCAUGGCCACGUGGCGCCAUUUCCGGACACCGCCGAACUGAUUUACGCCAAUCCGCCGCCUGCGAUUAACUUUUCUCCCGUAGAGUUGAUCCCUCAACGCCAUAGCCUUCCGCCGCAGAAGCUCCGCCCGAUCAGGCGGUCUCCGCCAGAUAGUUCCGAGCUUCCGGAACCGACGCUCGCCGGAACCCUAGCGACUUGCUCGGCGGAAGAGGAGGACUCGGGGUUUCUGGUCGUCGGUAAGGAGGUUUGUGCUGUUAAUAGAGUGGUCGGCGACGGCGAUGGCGAGUGUUUUGAGACUCCGAAGCGGGUCGGGUCGGGGACUUGUUGCUGGGGUCCGAAUGAUGAGGUUCGGGUUUUGGAUGAACUUGAAGCAGAAUUUAGCACUUCUUCGGAUGAGGAUGACGAUGAUGAUUAUACAUCGGCAAACAUCAAUGAACCUAUAAACCGGAAGAGAAAGAGAAAACCAAGUAAAAAACUUAAGGGUUUUCUGGAAAGUUUGGUAGGUAAAGUAAUGGAGAGGCAAGAACGGAUGCAUAAGGAGUUGAUGGAGGUAAUAGAAAAGAGGGAGCAGGAGAGAAGAACCAGAGAAGAAGCUUGGAGGCAGCAGGAGAUGGAAAGAAUGAAAAGGGAAGAGGAGGUAAGAACCCAAGAGAUGUCUCGUAGCCUAGCCCUCAUUUCCUUGAUACAGAAUAUUUUGGGUGACGAAAUUCAAGUUCCCCAACCAUUAAUUACCCGAUGCAAGGAAGAAGAUGGAGGUGAAAUUGGCAUGCAGAAUGAGGUCAAGUGCGAUCCAAAUAAUAAAAAAUGGCUAGAAGCUGAAGUACAAGCACUGAUAGCACUUCGAACUACUUUGGAACAUAAGUUUCGCCCAACAGGCUCCAGAGGAUCUAUAUGGGAGGAGAUAUCUGUUGAGUUGUACAAUAUGGGCUACAACCGAUCUGCAAAGAAGUGUAAAGAGAAAUGGGAUAACAUGAACAAGUACUUCAGAAGGUCAAUGGAAAGUGGGAAGAAGCAUGCUGCAAAUGGUAAGGCAUGCCAAUAUUUUCAUGACUUGAACAUCCUGUAUGGAAAUGGAAUCAUUAAUCCAGGAAAUAAUGUUACUGAGAAUGAGGCCAAGAGUGAAAAGUAGUAAAUGUUGGAAAAGCUUUUUAUUUAGACUUUGAAGAAGCAGCUGAGAGCUAAAUAUUAUGGGCCUUGAUACCCUUUUUUGUCAAUGUUUUCAGUGGAGCUUUCUUGUAUAUAUUAGCAUUGAACUUUUAGAUAUAUGCCUAUGAUAUUGUUUUUAAUUUGGUUGUAUGAGGGCAGUGUUUUAUGCUGUUUCUUGUCCAACUGAAACAGAUGAAGGGAUGCAGUUAGGCUGAAGUCCAGUGCUGAUC